UAUCCCUUGCAGACUUGAGUUCUGCUAUAAACCUGCCGGCCAUUGUCUCUCUCCUUUCUCCUGUUUAAGGUUCUUGAUUUGUGGUACAGACUAGAAAGCUUUAUCCUGCCAUGUCAGGGACCUCUUUCACCGGCGCGCCGGCGUCAGAUGCCCCCCUGGCUCCGUACCCGCGGCAGCAGAACUACAGCUUCAACGGGCGCGUCCUGCUUAUGGCCGCCUUCCUCCUUUUCGGGCUCACCAUCUUCUUCACCCUCAUCCGCUUCUUGCUGUACGUGUUAGUGGCGCGGUCUGGCGGCCGCCGUCGCCGCGGCAGCUUCACCGCCGGCAUCCUGCGGUCCAUCAACUCGUUUGGCGGAACUAGCGGCCGGCGUGGGCUGGACGCCUCCGCGCUCUCCGCGCUGCCGGUCACCGCGUACCGGAAGGAGGGCGCCGCCACCGCCGGGGCUGACUGCGCCGUGUGCCUGUCGGAGCUCGCCGACGGAGAAAAGGUGCGGGAGCUGCCCAACUGCGGGCACUCGUUCCACGUGGAGUGCGUCGACGCAUGGCUGCGCUCCAGGACGACCUGCCCUCUCUGCCGCGCCGAGGCUGAGCUGCCCAAGGGGAACGGCAAGGCGGAGGUGGCGGCGCAGUCGUCGUCGUCCUCCCCCUCAUCCUCUGCCAGGGAGCCGCCGCAACAGGCGUUGUUCGUGGGAGGAGGAACCUUGAUCGUGACCGUGCAAGGUGGCUUCCCGGAUACGCAAAGGGGCGUGCGUGGGUCAACAUCGGGGUAGGAGGUUUCAAAGAAGCCUCCCGAGCGCUCGCUCGCAUGGUCUAUUAUGGGGCGAAGGACGAACUAAUGGAACCCGAGAUAAACCACCACCGACAAUGGUGUCCCCUCGUUGUUGUCACUGUAGCGGUGGCACCUUGCUAACAAAGUUGUUGGGGCUGGUUAAUUCUUCCUAGCAAAAUUUUGUACAAGAGGUGGUGGUGCGUCAACCAGGUGUGCAAGCAGUGUUGUCGUUAUUAGGAGGCAUAAAAGGGGCACCCUGUCAUUGAAGGAUGAAUGUUUGAAACGUUGGUGAGUUAUUUUGGGUGGUGUGUGCGAGGUGGCGGCACAUAUACAUGUCUUGCAUAGGCGAUGACACUAGCAUAAGGCAUGACAAUGGCUGAAGUCUAUCGAGGCGCAGAGGCGUGGAUGAGGACCAGUGUUGCAAACUAGGAGAGCUAUAAUGGAUCUUGUGGGGGUUCCCUUGGAUUAGGAGCUUGCCAACCGGAGGUAGUGUGCCCGGAGGCUGCUCAAUGUCGGUAUCUACUGCAAGCAGAGCACAUGUGGAUCCUCCGAUAGUUGGCAGGUGCAUUGGUCAUGGUGUUGACCUAGGUAGUGUCCUUCGUCAGCAUCGGCCUAUAGGUUGGGCAUAAUGCCCGAGAUGGAGGUUAUGCUGGUGGUGCUCAAGCCAAGGUGUACUAUAUAUGCGUCUUGGGGUGUGUCUUGGAUGAUGUACGUCAUAUGUGCGCAGUUAUGUGGAUGGAAGUAUCGCUCGACA